UGAAUGCAUCACGAACAUAACGUCCUCGCGGGGCGCCCCCCCUGCUCGUCACUACAUGUUUUGGACCCGAAAGGACUUUUAACGACAUUAAAUACACGUCAAGAAGCUCCUUUAACAAUACCUCAACCAAGCUCUUCAUCUUUACCUUCAUGGUUUUUAUUUUUAUGUUGCUAAAGCGGAGCUAGCAGUAGCAUUAACUCACCAUGGUAACGCCUCCUCGGUGUUGCCUCUGGGCUCGGGGUCAAAGUUCAACAGGGUGACAGUUAGGUUAGUUUGUGAAAGUCCGCCCGGUGAAAGGUUAUUACCCGGCUACGAAUAACCCGACACCUUGGUUUGCACUCGCUGCAGCUCGCCGGGACAACAACAACAACAACAUCACCGCUACCGCUAAGUUUGUUGUGAUUUUGUUUAAAAGGAAACCAAAAAAAAUGAGUCCGAGCGGAGAAUCAACCGAGGAAACCUCCAAAUCUUCAGUUUCCACACAGGGUAACGCCUUAGACCAACGACAGAGGAUGAAAAUUAUCAACGUCGUUUACGUCAUCGCCGCUCUGGAUAUCACAUGGAUGUUUUUGCAGUUUUCUGUAACCCCUUAUUUGGCAAAGAAACUCGGCUUCGACACCUUGUGGUUUGGUUAUUUACAAACCAUGGUAGGUGUAAUUCAGCUGUUCGGGGGACCAAUGUUUGGAAGGUUUGCAGAUCUAUUCGGAGCACGAGUCGCCCUGUCUUUGGCGUGUUCUUCAACAGUUGUUUUCUUUCUGCUGCUGGCCGUAGCAAACCACCCCGCCAUGCUGUUCAUCCACAAAAUCCCCACAGUCUUCAUGCACGUCCUGCCUU